AUGGUUUCCGGCGUACUAUUAUGUCUGAUAGCGGGCGUCGCAGCUCACCCUGGCCACUCUCACAGCUCAGAUACGGUUCUUCAUUCAAAAUUGAAUGGGUUUUUGGAAAAUUAUAUCUUCCCCUGUAGUGCUCGCUACAAUGCACUACUGGCCACUCUAUACAUUUCUGCUGCACCAUGUAUUAUUGUCACUCUGAUUCCAGCAUUUAGGAAAGCUCAGAAAAACCUUCUUCUGUCACUUAUGAUGACAUUUGCGUUCGGGACCCUGAUUGGCGACCUUAUUUUACACUUGUUUCCAAGUAUCUUCACGACUGACGCAUCUGUUUCUCCCUACUUGGAUUUGCAACACCUAAGUUUCCUGGCAAAUCGAGCAGAGAUCGACUGGCCGCAAUUGGCAACCAAAUUCGAAGGCGAGAGCCCUCUCAUUGCAGUCAAAGAAGCUCUCUCACUGGCGAUCGCCAGCAUCGAGCUUCCCGAAGGCCAAAAACAUCUUACAGACCCGAUGACGACAAGAACCAUUAUUGUUGGGUUCCUUGUCUUUUGCGGGUUUCUUCUUUUUAUGGGGAUCGAUAAAUGCUUCAGAAUAGCUGGGUUUGGCAAGAAAAACGGCCCUGGUGCGGACCACGGUUUUGGACACUCUCAUUCUCAUAUUAUGCCCAUUCAAGAUACCUUGGAAGAAGCGGAUUCGGCUGUCUCUUCUUACCAGCGCACAGAUGAACAAAACUUGGCUCACAGACAUGUCGGCAGCGCAUCUCCCAAAAGUGAGAAGAAUACCGUCUCAGCCGCAGUCGAAAAGCCUGCUCACAGCGCUACCUCUACGUCUUUGCAAACAUCCGCCUACCUCACCGUGGCGUCUGCGUUCGCUCACAACAUAACGGACGGGUUUGCGCUUGCUUCAUCUUUUUACAAGUCCCGCUCUACAGGAGUGGUAACCACUGUCGCUGUUCUCACGCACGAAAUACCACAUGAGCUUGGAGAUUUUGCCAUUUUACUGGGUUCAGGAAUCCCUUUCGCCAAAGCUCUUACGCUACACGCUGUAGGCGUUUUUGGAGCUUUGCUCGGCACUCUUUUUGGAUGCUUGGCCAAUGAAAUGGCCGUUGCUGCGAAUCCCAAGACUUCUGCCGUCGAACGUGCUGCGUGGGACAUUUCUGUAUCGGACGUGAUGCUUCCGCUUACCGCGGGAGGUCUACUUUUCAUCUCUACUGUUGGGCUUGUUCCCGAGCUUCUCAAGAACAGUGCUGCUACGAAAAAGGAGGAGGUAAAGACCAGUCUAUUGCAACUGGCAAGUAUUCUUGCCGGUUUCGCGCUCAUGGCGUGGAUGAAACUAAUAGAGUAA